AUGCUGCUCGGGAAGCUGCGGCCGGCGCUGCGGACGAUGGUCACGACGACCAAGAAGCGGCUCCAGCGGUCGGAGCCCCAUCUGCGCGUGCGCCUCGUGCCCAUGUUUGACGACAACUACGGCUACCUUGUCAUUGAUGAGGCCAACCAGCAUGUCCUGGCCGUGGACCCUGCCCAAGCCGACGUCAUGGCACCCGUUCUUGCCGAGGAGCUCGCCAUCAACAACCGCGAGAUGCUUGCCGUACUCACGACGCAUGGCCACCCGGACCACUGCGGCGGCAACGAGACCUUUGCCGCCAAGUACCCCGGGAUUACGAUCACAGGCCCGCACAACGAGGCAAUUCCAGCCAUGACGACGCCGUUGAAGGGUGGCGAAGAGUUUAAGCUCGGUGCCAUGGACAUCCAGGCGCUCGCGGUGCCAUGCCACACGAAGGGCCAUCUCGCGUACGUCGUUUCCGGCGACCCCGAGACGCCGCCGCUGCUGUUUCCCGGCGACACGCUCUUCGUGGGCGGCUGCGGCAAGUUUUUCGAGGGCACGGCCGAGGACAUGUACCACGCCUUGUACGAGGUGAUCCUGCAAUUGCCAAAGGAAACCAAGGUCUACUGCGGGCACGAGUACACCAUGUCCAACUUGCGCUUCGCGCUGAGCGUCGACCCGACCAACGCCGUGUUGCGGGAAAAGAUUGCGUGGGCCAAGCUCCGCCGCUCCAAGAACCUGCCCACGAUCCCGUCCACGCUGCGGGAAGAGAUGCUCUUCAACCCGUUCUUGCGCGUGCACGACGAAGUCAUUCGCAACGCCGUCGGCGGCAACGACCCGAUCACUGUGCUCUCCAACCUUCGCCGCAAGAAGGAUAGCUUCAUUUAG